CACUUCCAUUUUCUCCAUCUCUCAAUCCCAACUUUCUUUGCAUAACCCAUAAAUUCAGAACUUGUAUUUCUUACUAAUACAAUGGCUGCUUCUUCAAUGGCUCUUUCUUCUCCUUCUUUCGCCGGUCAGGCGGUGAAGCUCUCUCCCGCUGCCUCAGAGACCGCCGGAAACGGCAGAGUCUCAAUGAGGAAGAGCACCAAAAAGCCUGCAGUCUCCUCCGGCAGCCCAUGGUACGGCCCCGACCGCGUUAAGUACUUAGGCCCAUUCUCCGGCGAAGCCCCAAGCUACCUCACCGGAGAAUUCCCCGGCGACUACGGCUGGGACACCGCCGGACUUUCUGCUGACCCCGAGACCUUUGCCAAGAACCGUGAGCUUGAGGUGAUCCACUGCCGGUGGGCCAUGCUCGGUGCCCUCGGUUGCGUCUUUCCGGAGCUCUUGGCCCGCAACGGCGUCAAGUUCGGAGAGGCCAUCUGGUUCAAGGCCGGCUCUCAAAUCUUCAGCGAGGGUGGACUUGAUUAUUUGGGCAACCCGAAUUUGGUUCAUGCACAGAGCAUCUUGGCCAUCUGGGCUACCCAAGUGCUCCUAAUGGGAGCCGUUGAGGGCUACAGAAUUGCUGGUGGGCCCCUCGGAGAAGUCGUGGACCCAUUGUACCCGGGCGGUAGCUUCGACCCAUUGGGGCUUGCCGAUGACCCGGAAGCAUUUGCUGAGCUAAAGGUGAAGGAGAUUAAGAAUGGUAGACUUGCUAUGUUUUCAAUGUUCGGAUUCUUUGUUCAGGCCAUCGUCACCGGAAAAGGGCCGUUGGAGAACCUUGCCGACCACCUCGCCGACCCCGUUAACAACAAUGCUUGGUCAUACGCCACCAACUUUGUCCCCGGAAACAAGCAAGCCGGCUCUCAAAUCUUCAGCGAGGGUGGACUUGAUUAUUUGGGCAACCCGAAUCUGGUUCAUGCACAGAGCAUCUUGGCCAUCUGGGCUAGCCAAGUGCUCCUAAUGGGAGCCGUUGAGGGCUACAGAAUUGCCGGUGGGCCCCUCGGGGAAGUCGUGGAUCCGUUGUACCCGGGCGGUAGCUUCGACCCAUUGGGGCUUGCCGAUGACCCGGAAGCAUUUGCCGAGCUAAAGGUGAAGGAGAUCAAGAAUGGUAGACUUGCUAUGUUUUCAAUGUUCGGAUUCUUUGUUCAGGCCAUCGUCACCGGAAAAGGGCCGUUGGAGAACCUUGCCGACCACCUCGCCGACCCCGUUAACAAUAAUGCUUGGUCAUACGCCACCAACUUUGUCCCCGGAAAGUGAUCCAAUUGUUGCACCACCAAAUUCUCAUUAAUUUGUAUUGUUUGAUGCUGAUAUCCAUGAUUUUAAUGAAAUCGAAUGUUAAUUUUUCUUGCCCU